AUGAAAAUUUUUUAGAUAUUGAAUUUGUUAUCAUAUGUUUUAUGUGCAACCUUCUCAAGUAGUAGUAUAGGUGAUGCCUUACAUGAAAAUGGAUCAAUUUAUGGAUGGAGAGAAGAAGAAUAAAAACAGUUUAAAAAUUGGGUGCAAGAAAAUCAAAAAACAUAUAACAAUGAAUUCGAAAUGAUUUAUAGAAUGGAAGUUUUUGUGAAGAACUAUAGAACAAUGAAGCAUCAUAAUGAGUAAUUACCAAAGGAUGUUUGGGGAUUAAAUAUCUUCUCAGAUGAGACAUCUGAAGAGUUGAUGGAUAAAAUAUUUAUGAAGAAAGACUUUGAUGAACAUUAUGAGAUAUUUAAUGAAGAUGAUAUCAACGCAAUUAAAAGCGAUUCACUAUCUCAUAAUUCAUUUUUAUAAGCAGAUAAAACAGUGAAGGUUGUUAAAAAGGUAGUGAAAAAAGCAUCUGCAACUACCAAAACAGAAAAAGCAACACCAAAGAAUCCUCCUAGUUUAGAUUGGUUAAAAUAAGUUACAGAAGUGUAAUAAUAGGGAAGAUGUGGUAGUUGUUGGGCAUUUGCAGUAUAGGAUGUCGUAAUCAGUAGAUUGGCUAUUGCUAAUAAAAACAAACUUGAUCAAUUAUCUAAGACACAUUUAAUUGAUUGUGCUGAUGGAAAUACAGAAGGAUGUGAUGGAGGUUCAGUAAGUGAUGCCUUUGAUUUUAUCAAUAAAUAUGGAACUGUUUAUGAAAAAGACUAUAGAGAAUACGAUCAGAAAGAAGGGCAAUGUUCAAAACCAAAAGGAUCAAUUGGAUAUAAACAAUUUAAAUCUGUUGUAGGGCUAACUAAAUUCACAAAUAAUGACAUUGAAACUGCAAUGUAAACUGGUCCAGUUACAGCCCUUAUGUAUGCAGAUGAAUCCUGGCUCAGAUACACAUCUGGAAUAAUCAAUACUUGUGGAUAUCCAAAAGUUUCUAAUUACUAACAUGUUGUUUCAUUUAUAGCUUAUGAUACUUAAACAUGGUUUGCCAAAAAUUCUUGGGGAUCUAAAUGGGGAAUGAGUGGUUACUUUUAAAUAUAAAAAAAUGGGGAUGCUAAAUGUUUAGAUAAAAUUAAAAAAAUUACGUAUCCAAUAAUAUGA